AUGCAGCCCACCGCCAUCAAGACAUUCAUGGUCGGGCCGGCCGUCACUCCUAGCCCCUCCCCUAGCCCCGCCGGCAUGACUGUGGAUCACCUGGCCUGGCUGGUGUUCAUCCCGGCCAAGUACAUCUCCCAGUGCAUUGACGAAAUCAAGCAGGAGCUGAAGCAGGACAACAUCGCCGUGAAAGCCAACGCCGUCUGCAAGCUGACCUACUUGCAGAUGCUGGGCUACGACAUCAGCUGGGCUGCCUUCAACAUCAUCGAGGUGAUGAGCGCCUCCAAGUUUACCUUCAAGCGGAUCGGGUACCUCGCCGCCUCGCAGUGCUUCCACGAGGGCACAGACGUCAUCAUGCUGACCACCAACCAGAUCCGAAAGGACCUGAGCAGCCCCAGCCAGUACGACACUGGGGUUGCGCUGACGGGCUUGUCCUGUUUUGUCACCCCAGAUCUUGCCAGAGACUUGGCAAAUGACAUCAUGACUCUGUUUGGUGCUCUGACGCCGUUAGAACCAAGACUGGGCAAGAAGCUGAUCGAACCACUCACCAACUUAAUCCACAGCACCUCUGCCAUGUCCCUGCUCUACGAGUGCGUGAACACGGUCAUCGCAGGUGAGCGCGCCUCCCGGCCAGUGGUCUCAGGGCUGUGGGGGUGGGCCGAGGCCCUCUGUGUAGCUGUGAGUGUGCACUGCACAUCUAGAGAAAGCCCGGCUGCAGCGAAGGUUGUGCUGACGUGGACUUGCUCCCUAGUGCUCCUCUGGCCACAUUCACUCUCUUCAAAGAGGCUCUUGGAGGCUGGGCCCUCUCACCCAUACAUGCUCAUGACCUCUACAGACAGCAUCACAGCGCCUAAAGCAGGGCAAAGGGGGAUACGCACAAAGGUGGGGUUAAGGUGGAGGCAGGGCUGGGUGCCAAGCUGGGAGUUGUGGGUGCUGACAAGGGUGCACUGGGAAUGCAUAAGAUUACACACCAAAAACAGAAGCAGGAAAAGUGAACCACCCAAACCAUGGUGGCUCGAACAGGGCCAAACUACCCCUAUGGAGCUCUUUGGAAGAAAUUACAGAAGACCUACAAAGAUGGAAGCCCAGCCCGUGUUCAUCAACGGGAAGACCUGUGUGUGCAGGGCCGAGGCCCACCUCCACCUUCUCUUGCAGCUUUGUGUCCAGAAGUUGCGGAUAUUGAUAGAAGAUUCCGAUCAGAACUUGAAGUACCUGGGCCUUCUGGCUAUGUCCAAGAUCCUGAAGACGCACCCCAAAUCCGUGCAGUCCCACAAGGACCUCAUUCUGCAGUGCCUGGACGACAAGGACGAGUCCAUCCGACUGCGUGCCCUCGACCUGCUCUACGGAAUGGUGUCUAAAAAGAACCUGAUGGAGAUUGUGAAAAAGCUGAUGACCCAUGUGGAUAAGGCAGAGGGCACCACCUACCGGGACGAGCUCCUCACGAAAAUCAUCGACAUCUGCAGCCAGUCCAACUACCAGUACAUCACCAACUUCGAGUGGUACAUCAGCAUCCUGGUGGAGCUGACGAGGCUGGAGGGUACCCGGCACGGCCACCUCAUCGCGGCCCAGAUGCUGGAUGUGGCCAUUCGAGUGAAGGCUAUCCGGAAGUUCGCUGUGGCACAGAUGUCGGCACUCCUGGACAGCGCCCACCUGGUCACCAGCAGUACCCAGCGCAAUGGCAUCUGUGAGGUGCUCUAUGCUGCCGCCUGGAUCUGCGGGGAGUUCUCCCAGCACCUGCAGGAGCCCCAGCAGACACUGGAGGCCAUGCUGCGGCCCAAGGUCACCACGCUGCCCGGCCACAUCCAGGCGGUGUAUGUGCAGAACGUGGUCAAGCUGUACGCGUCUGUCCUACAGCAGCAGGAGCAGGCAGGGGAGCACGAGGCCGCCCAGGCCGCCACCCAGCUCCUGGUGGACAGGCUGCCUCAGUUUGUGCAGAGUGCUGACCUGGAGGUCCAAGAGCGGGCCUCCUGCAUCCUGCAACUGGUUAAGUACAUCCAGAAGCUCCAGGCCAAGGAGGUGCCGGUGGCGGAGGAAGUCAGCGCCCUCUUUGCUGGCGAGUUGAACCCAGUGGCCCCCAAGGCCCAGAAGAAGGUCCCCAUCCCAGAUGGCUUGGACCUGGACGCCUGGAUCAACGAGCCACCCUCGGACAGCGAGUCAGAGGACGAGGCGCCCAAGGCCAUCUUCCAUGAUGAGGAGCACAAGGCGUCGCGGCACCGGCAGCCAGAGGCCGAUGAGGAGGAGCUGGCCCGGCGUCGAGAAGCCCGGAAGCAGGAGCAGGCCAACAACCCGUUCUAUAUCAAGAGCUCCCCGUCCCCACAGAAGCGGUACCAGGAUGCACCGGGUGUGGAGCACAUCCCUGUGGUCCAGAUCGACCUCUCCGUCCCCUUGAAAGUCCCAGGAAUGCCAGCCUCCGAUCAGUACGUGAAACUGGAGCAGGAGCGGCAGCACCGGCAGCGGCUGGAGAAGGACCGGAAGCGGAAGAAGCAGAAGAAGGAGAAGCGGCGUGAGGGCCGGCAUCGGCGCCACAGCUCGCUGCAUACAGAGAGCGAUGAGGACAUCGCCCCUGCCCAGCAGGUGGACAUUGUCACCGAGGAGAUGCCUGAGAACGCUCUGCCCAGUGACGAGGACGACAAAGACCCCAACGAUCCCUACAGGGCCCUGGACAUUGAUCUGGACAAGCCCUUAGCUGACAGCGAGAAGCUGCCCAUCCAGAAACACCGAAACGCAGAGACCCCGCAAUCCCCCGACAAAGAGGCCGCCCCUGUGCUGGAGAAGAAGAGCAAGAAGCCCAAGAAGAAGGAGAAGAAACUGCACCGCGAGAAGGAGCGGAGGAAGGAAAAGGAGAAGGCCAAGGACCUGGACUUCUGGCUGUCGACCACACCGCCGCCGCCCGCUGCCCCAGACCCCACCCCAUCCCUGGGUGAGCCUGAGGUGGACGUGGUAGUAGUCUCAGCUCCCACGGAAGAGGGCCAGGAACUCAGGAGGGCAGCGCCCGAGGACGAGGACGAAGAGGAGCAUGAGCUGGACCAGAAGCCCUCCAAGCAUAAGAAGAAGAAGCACAAGAAGGAGAAGGAGGAGAAGACCAAAGAGAAGAAGAAGUCCCGGAGGAAGUGGCCCCCCAGCGAGGAGCCGCCCGAGGAACCUGUGCAGAACGGCUCCCUGGAGGGGGACCCGCUCCCGCCCAUGUCCAGCUACUGCCUUCUCGCGGAAAAUGCCUAUAUUAAGAUGACAUACGACGUGCAGGGCAGUCUGCAGAAGGACAGCCAGGUCACCGUGUCCCUCAUCCUGGAGAACCUCAGCAGCAGCUUCCUUAAGAGCAUGGAGCUCAACGUGCUGGACUCGCUCAACACCAAGAUGGCGCGGCCCGAGGGCACCUCUGUGCAUGACGGCGUCCCCGUGCCCUUCCAGCUGCCCCCAGGUGUCUCCAAUGAGGCGAGGUUCGUGUUCACCGUGCAGAGCAUCGUUAUGGCCCAGAAGCUCAAGGGCACACUGUCCUUCAUUGUCAAGAAUGACGAGGGCUCCACCCACGAGAAGCUUGACUUCAAGUUGCACUUCAGCUGCACCUCGUACCUGAUCACCACCCCUUGCUCCAGUGAUGCCUUUGCCAAGCUGCUGGAAUCAGGGGACCUGGGCAUGAGCUCCAUCAAGGUGGACGGCAUCACCAUGUCCUUCCAGAACCUUCUAGCAAAGAUCUGUUUCCACCACCAUUUUUCCGUUGUGGAGCGAGUGGACUCCUGCGCCUCCAUGUACAGCCGCUCUGUCCAGGACCACCACGUGUGCCUCCUGCUGAAGAAGGGGGAGAAUUCCGUGUCUGUCGACGGCAAGUGCAGCGAUCCAAUCCUGCUGGGCAACCUGCUGGAUGAAAUGAAGGUGACGCUGGCCCAGUGCUGAGCGCUGCUGCCUCGCCGCCCUCGGGGGACGGUGGAUGGCACCACCUCCCUGCUGUCCGCACAUGCUGUCUGGCUGUGUGUUUCCUCUCAGUCCUCUGCUGCCUGUGUGUGGGCGUCCCCAAGUUACACGUUGUGUUGGUUUAUCUUACUUUUGACUUGGAUUCUUCUCUUCCAGCAAGAACCCUGCUUCCACUCAGGGGCUCGUACAGCCAGUGCGGGUGGUGGGGGGGCGGACUUCCUCCCCCACACUGGCGUGGCAUCCUGUCAGGGCCGCCUCAGAAGUGAUUGCUGCUCUGGGCACCAGGGGGCGGUAGAUGGUGCCCUCCCCAUCCCCACUCCCCUCCCUGGAGGGGCCCUUGCUGACGUCGUCCAUAAAGACACCCAAGUCCUCAGAGUCUAAGACAUCUUGACCAGUGGUGUCUGGUAGUGGAGGACCAUCCGGGUUGGUCACUAUGGUCGACACGUCCACCCUGUCUCCAGAACGCCAUUCUGGGAGGACAGUUGUGUGGGUUGUUGUUCCUUGUGAUCCUCGGUGUCCGCCCACUGCCAGCUAGCCAGGUCCCUGGGUCCCCUGGCCGAGGGUCCUGCUGCAGUGGAGGGCAUGGAUGUCAGGGUGGAUGAGGGCUGCCGCCUGUGGGUGGGCUGCAAGCCCUCGCAGAUUGGCAGACGUUUUGCUCAGAAUCACUGCCGAGACAAGAAUCAGGCCCUUGUUCUUUGUUUUUUUCUGUUCAGUGUGUCUUGUUUGCUUCAUUGUGGGGUGCCCCCCACCUUGUCACUGUCCACACCGAAAGGUUGUCUCUAAUUGUACCUGCAGCUGUUGGGAGGGCCCCCGGCAAUGGCUGAGUGGGAUGCACUUCUCAUGGGCCCCCUCCCCUGGGCCAUAGCCCACUCAGUGGCUGGAUCCCUGCACACCGCCUCCGGAGCAGGAGGGGCCUUGGCCUCUGGGCUGGCCGGCCAGCUCACAAAGAGGGAGGUGGGGAGACAGGCCUCCCUCAGAAAUGCUGGUCCUCGAUGGCAUUUUAACGUCUUUCUGAUGAAAACUGUCACUUUAGCAUGUAGAAUAAUCUAUUACAGAAUCCUGUGCAGUGAUUCUAGAAUUUUGAAAUUGUAUGAUGUGUUACAUAAGAAUUUAUUUGCUAUCGACAUUCCCAUAUACAGGAGAGACAUAUCACGCUGCUGUAAUGAUUUUGUGUCAAGAUGAUCCAAUAAAAUUGCAAAACAGA